GCUUAAUGUAUUCGUCUACUGGUCCUGUUGUUACUGCUUAGGCCUAUCACCUACCUUUGCCUGCUUUUUCAAAUAUCUUUAAGCACCUGCUACUACAUUUGUGCAAUCGUGUUUAAAGGAAUUCACAAAUCAACCUAUGUCUAAAGCCAUUUAGUAUUAUUAAGGUAGUCUGUGAGCGUGAACGGUCGGCGCAGCGGGAGAGGCGGUUGGCCUCUACCCGCUGGCCUAACGCGGCAAGAUGAAUGAUCUACUAGGAACCGUUAAGGGCAGGAAUGCCCUUUACGGAGGAGACGACGAUGAGCUUGAAAUCGAGGACAUCGAAGAGCAAGUUGCUCCUCCGCCCACUGAUGCGGAGCGCGAAAUGCAGGACUUCUUCAAAAGGGUUGAGCAAAUUAAGCUUGACUUGGCGCAAGUCAAGGACUUGCAGCGGGAAGUGCUCAGCAUGCAUGAGAAAGGCAAGACUAUCGUAAAGACGAAGGAGAUGCAGAAGCACCGGGAAACAAUGCAGGACAAGAUCGCCACCGUCAACAAGGUGGCCCACGCCGCCAAGGCCCGGCUGGAGGCGCUGGACAAGGAGAACGAGGCGGCCAAGAAGAAGAAGGGGCAGGGGGUGGGCACCGCCUCGGAGCGAACCCGCACCACCAUCACCGCGGGGCUCAAGAAGAAACUCAAAGACCACAUGCAGGAGUUUUCGGAGCUGCGCACUCGCAUCCAGUCGGAAUACCGCGAGGUGGUGGAGCGGCGGGUGUACACCGUGACAGGCCAGCACGUGAAGGAGGAGGACAUUGACGCGAUGAUUGAGAGCGGCGAGUCGGAAAACAUUUUCCAGAAGGCCAUUCUGGAGCAGGGUCGCGGCCGCGUGCUGGACACGCUAGCCGAGAUCCAGGAGCGGCACCGUGCCGUACGGGAUCUGGAGCAGUCGCUUCUUGAGCUGCACCAGAUCUUCCUGGACAUGGCGGUGCUGGUGGAGGCGCAGGGGGAGAUGCUGGACAACAUCGAGAAGCAGGUCGCCCGCUCCGUUGACUACGUGAAGGGCGGCACGGAGGCGCUGCAGGACGCCAAGCAGCUGCAGAAGAACACUCGCAAGUGGAUGUGCUGCGCCAUUAUGAUCAUGCUGAUCGUGGCGCUGGUGAUUGUGCUGGCGGUGGUGCGGCCGUGGAAGUACCUGCAAAAGUGA